CACCGUAGUUGUAGUACAAACAUGGCGUCUGACAGUGACAGCGAUGAAGACUUUGUAACCUACGGGACUCCUUUGGAUCCUCUGGAGGAAGACGAACCGCUGAGGAAGCCGGUCCCGCUGCACGAGCAGACGGUGAAGGACGAGAAGGGUCGAUACAAGCGCUUCCACGGAGCCUUCACCGGAGGCUUCUCAGCCGGUUACUUCAACACCGUCGGCUCCAAAGAAGGGUGGACGCCGUCAACCUUUGUGUCGUCACGGCAACAGAAAGCUGACAAGCAUCAUGCCAGACCCGAGGAUUUCAUGGACGAGGAGGAUUUCGGCGAGCACGGCAUCGCUCCCAGAGAGAUCACCACGUCCCAGGAGUUCUCGUCCAGCCGCAGGGACGAGGUGGCGGAGAAGGCGCGAGCCGUCAGCGCUCAGUCGGCUCUGAUCCCCGGAGACACGCUGCUGGAGGAGCUCAUCACACCUGCCAGGUUGUCCAUCGGGGUGGAGCUGCUGAGGAGGAUGGGCUGGAAGGAGGGUCAGGGUGUCGGACCUCGCAUGAAGAGGAAAGCUGGGCGACAGGGUACCGACGGUGGGACCAGGGCUUAUGGCUGUGCACUGCCUCCUGCUGGUUCGGAGGACUCUGAGGAUGAAGAUGACGAAGACUUCGCUCCAGAAAACGUCACCUUUGCUCCGAAGGACAUGACACCAGUGGACUUCAGCCCGCAGCUGGGGGUUCAAGGUCUGGGGUACCGUGGUCUGAACCCGGGUCUGGCGCUACCAGGUCGCAAAGCCAGUGGACACGUGGACCUGUUCCAUCCUCAGUCGGAGACAAGGAAUCAACUGUUCGGAGACAAGCGGAGCAGCGGAAGGAGAGGCGGAGUCGCCGGGCAGGCCUUCGGUGUGGGAGCCCUUGAGGAUGAUGAUGAUGAAGAUGUGUACCACAGAGACUCCAUGUCCAAGUACGACACGGUCCUGGGAGGAGAGGAGCCUGGAGACGGCCUGUACGGCUGGACGGCUCCUCAGCAGUACACCAAGAAGGCAGACAGAAGCAGAGAUGCGUCGUACCUUGGGAAGAUCCUGGAGGGGUUUACUCUAGCCCAGAACCGACCCGAGGAUCGAAUGAUCUUCCCCCCACCCACUCUGCCCCGGGACUACCGCCCAGUCCAUCGUUUGUUUCCACAAAUGGACGUGUUGAGUCUUUCUACUGUCAGUCCAGCUCUGGCUGAGGCCCUGAAGACCUCCAGGGGCCAUAUGAUGAAGGAGGAGCCCCAGCAAGGAGGACGCCACCAGCUGGACUCGAGUCAGAGGAGGACACUGCUGGGAGAGGACGCUCUGCAAGGUCCCACUUCAGUCCUGGAGCUGCUGAGGCCUGAAGACCGACAGCGGCUGCUCGGCUUCCGCAAGUCCUACACUCAGAAAACCUCAACCCCAGACCCCCCAGAGCCCGCUCCUUCAUCCUCCUCCGCCCUGCAGCUGCAGCAGGAGGCGCUGGCGGCCUGGAGAGGUGUCCACACCUCCUCCCAGACCUUCAGACCAUUCCAGAAAAACCCUGACAAGCAGGCUCGCUACGAGGUGUACCUGAGCCGGCUUCGUCAGGGAGACAGAGACGCUCUGGACCAGAGUUUGGACCCUGCCAUGACGGAGUGGGAGCGCAGCAGGGAGAGGGACGAGUUUGUCCAGGCCUCCAUCUUGUACCGACCUGCCUCAUCCUCGCUGUCCUUGCGCUUUACCAGAGCUAAACACCAGGAGGAUGAGGACAUGGUGGAGGUGACCCAGGACCAGGAGGGUGACGUGAACGACAAACAAGCCGCCGUCAAGAUGAAGAUGUUUGGAAAAAUGACAAGAGAGACGUUGGAGUGGCAUCCUGACAAACUGCUGUGCAAGAGGUUCAACGUGCCCGACCCGUUCCCCGGGUCCAGUCUGGUGGGUCUGCUGAAGGUGAAGAGAGACAAGUUCUCAGUCUUCAACUUCCUGACAGUGCCGGAGGGCAGAGAGAUGGCGGCUCCCCCAAAGCCUCUGGAGUCGGGAAAGAAGUCCAGGUGGGAUGUUUCAGAGGAGAAGAAGAAGGAUGAUCUGUUGAGUGAUGUGCUCAGUGCUGUACAAAGCAAAACUGAGAUGAAGCAGGACGAGAUAACUGCACAAGGAACACCUGCGCUACCUGCCAGAAGAAUUGAGGUGAAGUCAGCUGACCAGCCGAGUUCAGAAAGGAAGACUGAAGGUGAUGAAAACGAGGAGGAGGAAGAAGAGAGCAGGCCUCCCAUGGACCUGUUUAAAGCCAUCUUUGCCGGGUCCUCUGAUGAAGAGAAGUCCUCCUCUUCAUCAGAGGGAGAGAGCAACAAGGAGGAUUAUGAAGAUGGAAAGGAGGAAGGAGAAAAAGUGAAGUCGCAGCCAGCGACCCUCUUCACCAUUACCUCCUCCUCCUCAGCCGUUCCGUCCAGCCAGCCCUCAGGAGCUGCAGCUUCUGCUCAGACGACGAUGCAGGAGGAGGAGUUUGGUCCAAAGCUGCCGCCUCCUUCAGCUGCUGUCAACAGGGGGGGCACCACCUCCAUCUGCUCCCCCAGUGAGGACAGCAAACCCAGCAGGAGGAGCAAAGACAAGAAACAGAAGAAGAAGAACAAAAACAGAAAGGACAAAAAGAAGAAGAAACACAGGAAGCACAAACACAAAGCGAAGCAGCAGAAGAAGAAUAAGGAGUCAGACAGCAGCUCUGAGGACAGCGACGAUGAAGAUGAACCCGUGUCCACAGAUGAACUGCUGAGAAGACUGAAGACCAUCCAGUCCCAUCAGACCUGGUGAUCCCGCAGGACCUUCAUCCUCCACGAGGACUAACGGCUAAUCUCACCUCAUCAAGUUUUAAACCUAAUAAAAUAUUCAUCAUUGA